AUGAAGCUUGACGCCACAGACCUCCGCUAUGUGACCUCUGACGAAUUCAGAGUUCUCACUGCAGUCGAAAUGGGCUCUAAAAAUCAUGAGGUCGUGCCCACCUCACUCAUCGUCCAGAUCUCAGGACUACGGAAUGGAGGAGUCAACAAGCUCAUCGGUAGUCUGGCGAAGAGAAAUCUAGUGUCCAAGGUGCAAAACUCAAAGUACGAUGGGUACAGGCUAACGUACGGCGGGUACGAUUACCUCGCCAUGCGUGCGAUGUCCAAGCGAGACUCUAUGUACUCGGUUGGUAAUCAGAUCGGUGUAGGGAAGGAGUCAGACAUCUAUAUUGUUGCCGACCUGGAGGGAAACGAGAUGGUGCUCAAGCUUCACCGGCUAGGCCGUGUGUCGUUCCGUGCUAUCAAGGAGAAGCGAGACUACAUGGGUAAACGAAAGUCGGCUUCCUGGAUGUACAUGUCGCGGUUAGCUGCUCAAAAGGAAUGGGCAUUCAUGAAGGUUUUACACGAACACGACUUCCCCGUCCCGCGACCUAUCGACCAAGCCAGACAUACUAUCCUUAUGGAAUUCAUCGACGCGUACCCACUACGUCAGAUAGAUGAAGUCGCCUCGCCAGGCGAGCUGUAUUCCAAACUUAUGGAUGUUAUUGUUCGUUUCGCACGCGCCGGACUUAUCCACGGCGACUACAACGAGUUCAAUAUCCUCAUUCGCCGCGAUUCUGGCGAGCCAGUCGUCAUCGACUUUCCUCAGAUGGUCAGCACCUCGCACGAGAAUGCAGAAUGGUAUUUCAAUCGGGACGUGGAAUGCAUUCGCACGUUCUUUCGGAGACGGUUCAAGUAUGAGAGCGCGAUCUAUCCGCGGUUCCGGAGUACGAUGAAGGACGGCGAUAAAGACGGAGACUUCCAUCUGGACGUCGUCGUAGAGGCGAGCGGGUUUGGCCGUAAAGAGAUGAGAGUGAUCCAGGAGGUUUGUCUUUAA